CCUUUAGUUCAAACACUGAUGCUUCUGCUCUAUCUAAUUUCUUCUAUUUGUACAAUUUCUUCAAAACCACAGCUUUUUCACUUGUGAAUAGUAUACUUUUCUGCUUCCUAUCAUUCAAGUAACAUCAAUGAUAUGUUCACGGAUAAGGACACCAUCUUCUAUAAAUUGAAGGACUUGCAGAGAUAUAUGCAAAUCAAUGAGAUUGUCAAAGUCCUUGUUAUAUGAAAGUUGAGUAUCAUUAGUUGCAGUCUUCAGAAUUUGCGCAGGCUUUCAACUUUCAAGUAGAGGUUUUUCUUGACCAUAGGGAAUAGAUCACAAUAAACAGAUAUGAAGUUCAUGAAACUUGGAACAAGGCCUGAUACUUUCUACAGCGAACAAGCUACCAGGAGUCUGGUUUCAAAUAUACCUCCUGACCUUGUGAUAAAAAUCAAUGAUACCACAUAUCUGCUACACAAGUCUUCACUUCUUCCAAAAUGUGGCCUUCUACAAAGACUUUGUUCUGAUUCUAGUGAUUCUGAGAGUGUUCCUCUUGAGCUUCAUGAUAUGCCUGGAGGGGCAGGUGCUUUUGAACUUUGUGCUAAGUUCUGCUAUGGAGUUUCAAUCAACAUUAGUGCCCAUAACCUCAUGCCUCCACUCUGUGCUGCUAAGCUCCUCCAAAUGAAUGAUUCCAUUGAGAAGGGAAAUUUUGUUGGCAAACUUGAGGCAUUCUUCAGUUCAUGUAUUCUUGAAGGAUGGAAGGACUCCAUUGCAACACUGCAGGCCACUGACAAGUUACCAGAGUGGUCUGAGAAUCUUGGCAUAACAAGAAAAUGCAUUGAUUCAAUUAUUGAAAAAAUUCUUACACCCCCACCACAGGUUAAAUGGUCCUACACCUACACCAGGCCUGGUUAUACCAGAAAACAGCAUCAUUCUGUACCAAAGGAUUGGUGGACCGAGGAUGUGUCCGAUCUAAACAUAGAUCUUUUCAGGUGUAUAAUAAUGGCUAUUAGAUCAACACAUAUGCUCCCACCGCAGCUUAUUGGUGAAGCCUUGCAUGUCUAUGCCUGUAAGUGGCUACCUGGUAUCACAAAGCAUAAAAGUUCAUGCAGUUCAGCAUCACAAAAAGAAGAAUCUAAAGCUAAAAAUCGAAAAAUUCUGGAGACAAUUGUAAGCAUGAUUCCUGCAGAUAGAGGGUCAGUUUCGGCUGGUUUUUUGUUAAGACUACUCAGCAUUUCAAGCCAUCUUGGGGUCUCUCCAGUGACAAAAACAGAACUAAUAAAGCGAGCCAGCAUACAGUUUGAAGAGGCAAGAGUGAGUGACCUGCUUUAUCCCUCAACAUCCUCUUUGGACCAAAACUUUUAUGACAUAGAGUUAGUUCUAGCCGUGUUGGAAAGUUUCGUGAAGUUUUGGAAAAGAAUCUCCCCUGGUGCUGUGGAUAACAGGCACUUAUUAAAAUCAAUCAGAAAUGUUGGUAAGCUCAUUGACACCUAUCUUCAAGUGGUUGCAAGGGACGAUAACAUGUCAGUGUCAAAAUUUGUCUCUCUGGCUGAAACUGUUCCAGCUAUUGGUCGAUUAGAGCAUGAUGAUCUGUACCAGGCAAUUAACAUCUAUUUAAAGGUGCAUCCUGAUAUGAGCAAGGCUGAGAAGAAGCGCUUGUGUGGGAUUCUGGAGUGCCAAAGACUGACUCCAGAAGUGAGAGCACAUGCAGUCAAAAAUGAGUUUCUGCCACUAAGAACAGUGGUGCAACUCCUCUACUUUGAACAAGAGAAAGAAUCUAAGGAAACCACAAGUUCUAAGCUGCAAAAAUCACAUGAGCUACUUCUAGGAGCAAAAAAGAGACCAAAUACUAGAGAUAGCUAUGAUAAGCAAUCUUUAGGCCUAAACAAAGAAGAAUUCAAGAGAGGAGAAGUCACAAGAAUAGCCUCUCAUGCUGAAAGUAGAGGAAAGAAUCAACACAAAACUAAAAGAUCAUCAGAGGGUAAGUUGGCAUUGGACUUGGAAAAAAAGAUGGCUAUAAGAGGAGACACUGAGGAGAUAAAGUCAGAAAAGUUAAGUGGAGGAAAAGUUGAAAGAAUGUCUAGCAACAAGUUGGACUUGGAUUCUAUGAAAAUCAUACAAAGGGCAAGAAGCAAUAAAUCAGAACAUGGCCGUGAAAAGGGAAGAUAGAGAUCAUAAUAGUAAUUAUAAUCUUCGAAAAUUUAAGAGCAAUUUUCAUUCCCCUAUAUAUGCACCUAGUAGCCUCUAUUCUUAUUAUUUCUUUACCUGUGUCAUAAAUGUAAGCAAAGUAUUAUCCUUUAUACUUUCUGUUUCUGUGUUAAAGAGUUGUAUAUUUAUCAAAG